UAUACACUAGCCACUGACCUCUAUUAUUCCGAAUAAAAGAGGCCAGUGACACUAGUGUUCACUUGCUAAAUAGAGUAUUUAGAAUAAAGAGAAUAGAGUAUAUAGAAUGGAUAUUUUUGCUGAUAGAGUGUCUACUGUACAUACCUAUGUUUAUAUUAUUCCAAAUCUAAAAGUCAGUGAUCCAAGGCCGUAAAUCAACAUUAAAAGAAUUAUUUCGCAUAGUUAUUACGUCUAUCUUUAUGUGGUAAAUUUUUUACAAUUACAUACAAACUACAAAGAUGACAUUAAUAUACCGGGUUACUUCCCUUUGAUAUCUUAUUUGGCCAGUAAAUGUGACGUAGCAGCAAUUUUAUUGUAUUUUAAAACUAGGUAUUCAAAUAGUUUUUAGUGAAUCGCAAUGGGAGACAAGUCUACUCCCCUAUUAGCCGUCCUACAACUAUUACGGAAAUAUAAUUUGAAGGGCACUGAAGAUAUCUUGAGGAAAGAAGCUAAUUUAGGUGAUGUCGAAUAUGAAAAUCUAGAUUUACCAGAGGUUGAACUUGCAAGUAUCCUUACUGCCCAUCAUACUGAGAGUGACCCAUACAGCUAUGAGUUUGCAUACGACAGUCUGAAGAAAUUCGUGGAGAGUUCUUUAGACAUUUAUAAGUAUGAGCUAUCUACCCUGCUCUAUCCAGUAUUUGUUCACAUGUAUCUGAUUCUCAUUUUAUAUGAUCAUACUGAACAUGCGUCAAAGUUUUUGGACAAAUUUGGGCCAGAGCAAGAAGAGUACUAUCAAGAGGACUUAAAUCGACUAUGUGCUGUUAAAAAUAAAGAUCAAGUAAAGGGCAAUGAACUUGCCGAAAUAUACAGUUCAAAUAAAUUUCAAGUUCAACUUUCAAGAGAUGCUUCCACGCAAUUAAAAAGGUACUUACAUGAACAGAAGAGUUCUCCAAUCAUUAUAAAUAUAAUUAAAAACCAUAUAGUAAUUGAUGUAUGUGAUGGCCCUGGCAGAACUCAAGCCCAGGUUAAAUCUACACUAGGGGGACUUCUUGGAGAAGCUUCUCGAAAUGAAAACCGCACUAAGGUUUAUUAUGGACUUCUGAAAGAGCCUGAUUUACAAAUUCUCCCUGCACCAAUUGAAGAUGAAGAGGAGGCAGAAGAAACUCCAGAUAAACCAAAAAAGAAGAAAGCAAAAAAAGAUAAUAUAUUUAUGAAAAAGCCAAAAUCAGAUCCAAAUGCACCCCCCAAUGACAGAAUCCCCCUACCAGAUUUGAAGGAGAAUGACAAAAUUGAGAAAAGCAAAGCAUUAAGAGAAGCAGCAAAACGUGUGCAACUAGGUCCAGAGUGUUUGCCUUCCAUCUGCUUCUACACUCUCAUGAAUAGUGGCCAAACUGCAAUUUGUGCCGAUAUUUGUGACGACUCCACUUUGUUAGCUGUGGGCUUUAAUAACUCAUCCAUAAAGGUAUGGACAUUAACUACUAUAAGACUUCGAGGCAUGAAGUCUGCGGAUAAAUUACAAGACAUUGACAGAGAAGCUGGUGAUGUUCUCGUGAGGAUGAUGGAAGAAAAAGACAGAGAUACAUGCCGCACACUGUUUGGACACUCGGGCCCCGUCUAUAAAGUAGCAUUCGACCCUUUCAAGACCAUGCUGUUGUCCUGCUCGGAGGAUUCAACCAUCCGGCUGUGGUCGCUGCAGUGUUGGACUUGCAUCGUGGUAUACCGCGGACACGUGUGGCCCGUAUGGGACGCCCGGUGGUCCCCGCACGGUCACUACUUCGCGUCGGGGGGCCACGACCGCAUUGCACGCCUGUGGGCUACUGACCACCACCAUCCAUUGCGUAUAUUCGCGGGCCACCUUUCUGACGUCGAUUGUAUCCAGUUUCAUCCUAACUCAAAUUAUAUCGCCACGGGUUCCAGCGAUCGGACUGUCCGACUUUGGGACUGUUUGACUGGGUCUCAAGUUCGCAUCAUGACUGGUCACAAAUCAACACCCUUCACGCUCGCUUUUUCUGCGUGUGGACGAUGGUUGGCAUCAGGUGGAGGCACCGGUGAGAUACAAGUGUGGGAUUUGUCAAGCGGCUUGCCAACUGCUGCCAUACCGCCCGCCAACGACUCUCCAAUUCACGCCUUAGCGUUCAGUCGAGAUGGCACCAUCUUAGCAUCUGGUUCUUUGGACUCAACAGUAAAACUGUGGGACUUUGCAGUUAUCAGUGAUGAAAGUUUAAAUGAAGAAAAUGGAAAUGGAGCAACAGCUCAAAAAGAAGAUAAAUUUUUAUUACGUUCUUAUGCUACAAAGAAUUCACCCAUCAAAAGCUUGCAUUUCACAAGACGCAAUCUUCUGUUAGCCGUGGGAUCAUAUGAAGGAAGCUUGUAAAGUAGCAUAUAGAAAAAUAAAUAACCUUUUUUUAAAAUAUUA